AGAGGAAUUAUCAGUUGAUCCGCUUAUUACUGGAACUGUCAUUCAUUUAGUUGUGAGUUCUUGACUUUGCCAACAUCACAGAUCACAGGUGACUUUGUGUCCUUAAAUUAGCGCUUUAAGUUUAUGAAAAGAAACGUCACAGAGGAAACAUAUCAUCAGUAUUUUUGCUUGUCACUCGUUUGAUGACAAAAUGACAAUUGCAAAUGACAAUUAAAUGUUAUCGUACCGGCAGAUUACCUAAGAUACGACUGAUUAUUCAGAAUGACUGAAAUUAUUUUAUGGCAUGGCACGUGUAUGAAUUUUGUAUGAAUUCAAACAAAUCGGUAGCGUUAUAUGUCUUUAGAUACAUGCAAUCGUUUUCUAUCCCCACUACCCACUAUGUGUUACACAUAUGACUUAAACGAUAAUACGUACCUAAAAUUGUCAGUCUAUCAUCGUACGCAGCAACAUACAGCCGGUAAUAUGAUAUAAUAAUCGGAGGUGCUUUAGACUAAUAUUCAUAUUGUUCAUAUAACAAAACAAACAGAUAAAAAUGCGAGUGCUACCAGUGAUUUUCUCUUGGUUAUUCUGCCUGGCGAUUUGCCAUGGAUAUCGUUUGCUCGGACUGUUUCCCUUUCAAGGCAAGAGUCAUUUUGUUAUGUUCGAGCAACUGAUGAAGGGCCUGGCUAGGAAGGGCCAUCAGAUCGACGUGGUCAGCAAGUUUCCGUUGAAAAAGCCUUAUCCGAAUUACACCGAUAUCGUGACGUUGCCAAUGCCUGUCCUUCUGGUGAACAAUAUGACGUUUGAAUUCAUGCAGCAAUUGCUCGGUGCAAAUCCGACGUAUAUUGUUGCGACGAUGGCAGGAAAUGAACUUUGCGAAGAUUUAGGACAUCCAGCGAUAAAAGAGCUGGCGCGGCCAAAGAAUCCACCUUACGAUGCGGUGCUUAUAGAGGUUUUUGGUGCGCACUGUUUCGGUAUCAUCGCCCAUAUAUUGAAAGUUCCUUUGAUUGGGGUCAGCACUACGUCGCUGUAUCCAUGGCUACCUCCACUGAUCGCUCAACCCGAGAGCCUGGCCUUCGUGCCGAGCAAUGUUUUAAGUUUCAACGGCCGCAUGAAUUUCUGGCAACGUCUGCAUAACAGCGUGCGCACGUUCUGCGACAAAUGGUAUUUCAAUUAUCUUACGAGACGAGAGCAAGACAGGAUAAUAAGGGAGCACUUCGGGCCGGACAUGCCGGGCGUACGAGAAUUGGAAAGGAAGCUGUCGCUGAUCCUCAUUAACUCUCACAUCGCGCUAAAUGGGAUACAGCCGAAGACACCUGCCGCGGUGGAUGUGGGGGGGCUCCACGUCCAGGACGAGGACCAAACGUUGCAGCCAGAUUUAGAGAAAUGGAUGAACGAUAGCAAAGACGGUUUCCUCUAUUUCACUUUUGGCUCGAUGGUGAUGAUCGAAACGUUUCCACGCGAAUUCCUAAGAGUGCUUUACGCCUGCUUAGGUAAAAUAGCACCCAUAAGAGUUUUAAUGAAGAUACCAAAUCCGGAAAAACUGCCGCCCGGUUUGCCCGAAAACAUUCACAUGUCACCUUGGUUGCCGCAGAUUAAAGUAUUGAAACAUCCUAAUAUAAGAGCCUUUAUCACUCACGGCGGGCUCAUGGGAACGCAGGAAGCGAUAACGUGCGGGGUCCCCAUGAUCGGUAUACCACUUUUCGCUGAUCAGUUCAUGAACAUCGACGCGUAUGUCGCCAGAAACAUUGCUUUGCGACUGGACGUUGACACGAUUACCGAAAAAAGUAUGGACGCAGCCUUAAACGCGAUCUUAUGGAACCCUCUGUACAGGGAAAGUGCGCAAAACCUGUCCCGACAAUUCCUCGAUCGACCAUUGAAUGCUAUCGACACCGCUGCUUAUUGGAUCGAGUACGUCAUUAAAUACGGCGAGGAUUCUCUGCGAUCGCCCGCGAUGGAUCUGACCUGGUGGCAAUUGUCUCUCAUCGAUGUGGUUGGGUUUCUCCUGUUUUGUAUAGCAAUUGUUGCCGCUAUAACGUUAUUCAUUACGCGUUUCAUGUUAGAGUUGAUAAAAGACGGAAAUUAUAUCAGUUUGUCGCAUUCAAAAAAGACAAAUUAAUUGUAUUAAUUAUAGAUAAAUAUAUUAUACGUUUUGCCUUCUAUUUAUUUAUAUCUUCG